AUGCUUGAAGCUCUAAGAUCAGCUAAAAGUAAGCUCAGAGACUACUACACGAUAACUGACCCUGAGGGUCUCGGUGAUAUAUAUUCAACUGGGACUAUUUCGGCGCCGCAGUAUAAACUUGAAUUCUUCCAAACCCCAGAUUGGCAGGAUGAUCAAAAAGACUUUGCUGCUCAAUACAAACAAAGUCUCGAAGACCGAAUAACACACUACGAAAAUAGUGUUUAUAAUUCUCUCUCCCGGACUAGAGGUAUACAAAACGCGAAACCUACGAGUGAGAUUGAUUUACUACUCGCUUAUGAUAGUCGGCCUACUGCACCAGUCUCUGAGCUCACUCAGUAUCUCAAGAGUGGUACAGUAUUAAUACCCCCGCGCGAAUUCUGGAGAGAUCAUAAGUACAGAUUUCCAGUGCUUGCAGCUCUCGCUCGAGAUAUCCUUUCUGUUCCAGCUACAGGCGCAGGCGUAGAGCGUCUCUUUAACUCUGCGCGUAAUAUCUGCCACUAUCGCCGUGGCUCACUACAAUCGAGUACUAUCCAGGACCUAAUGCUUCUUAUGUGUGGUAUUCGAUUUGAUCUAGAAGAGGAGCAGCUUGCUUUCGUUCGAGAGUACGCAAGUGAAUCUGAGAGAGAGCUCCAAGAAGAAGAAAUGAAUGAGCGUACGCAAGAUGAUAUUAUAGAGAUUAGUGACAAUAAGGAGGGCCUUUCGCAAUAUCAUUUGAAGAGGCGAAAGAGUAUUGAGCCUGAAGACGAGCCUGAGAACGAGCCUGAAGAGGAGCCUACGUGUGAAGAGGAGCCUGAUUUGCCCGAGCAAAAUAUACAGCGGGUUUCAGGAAGAGUUCGAAGGCGUUCAAGGCAUUACAGCCAAGAGUUCGCCUAA